AAAGUGUGCCUGGGGGAGUCUCCAUUGCCCCUUGCGGUAGACGGUAGUAUUGGCCUGUUUGAUUACACCUAGUAUCGGACCCACAUCUUGAGCAGCGCAGUGUUGUCGAGCCUGGAAAGCGGUCAGGCGUAUGGACAGGCGGCCGUCGCUCCUUCAUCCUUCUCCGACCACCACCCGAACAGUGGACGGACUACACUGACGAGUUAUUCCAGCACAUACACGGGCCUGUCCCCUCUUCUGCGCUCUGGUGCCUCCACUGCAGGGCCUCGUCUGCUUCAGCUUACUAAGGGGAAAGUGGGUGUUUGCUGCUCACUGGUGUUUCGGCAGCAGCGGCGGCGGCGCGAAGUGUCCUCGAUGGCUGGCUGGAAGGACGGCUCGGUGCAGGAGAAGUACCGUCUGGUCGUGGUCGGAGGCGGUGGCGUCGGGAAAUCAGCCUUGACUAUCCAGUUUAUUCAGUCAUACUUUGUCACUGACUAUGAUCCUACGAUCGAAGACUCUUACACCAAGCAGUGCGUGAUUGAUGAAAGGCCGGCCAGGCUGGACAUCCUCGACACGGCUGGACAGGAAGAGUUCGGAGCCAUGAGAGAACAAUACAUGAGGACAGGGGAGGGCUUCCUGCUCGUCUUCUCAGUCACUGACAGAGGAAGCUUUGAAGAAAUCUACAAAUUCCAAAGACAGAUUCUGCGAGUCAAAGACAGAGAUGAAUUCCCCAUGAUCCUCGUAGGCAACAAGGCAGAUCUGGAGCUGCAGAGACAAGUAACCCAGGAAGAGGGCCAGCAGCUGGCCAGACAGUUAAAAGUCACAUAUAUGGAGGCUUCAGCUAAAAUUCGUAUGAACGUAGACCAGGCUUUUCAUGAGCUGGUUAGGGUAAUCAGGAAAUUCCAAGAACAAGAAUGUCCACCGUCGCCGGAGCCUACGAGAAAUGAGAAAGACAAAACCGGCUGUCAUUGUGUGAUCGUCUGAGUCUGCCUUAUCACUGUUAACUCAUGCAGCUAAUCAACCUCCCCCCGCCCCCCACUCUGCCUGACAUUACAUCCUAAGUGGAUGAGUGACCGCUGCCUUCUCCAUGUGCAUGACUUCAGACAGCCUUUUCUGGGUUAACUUGGACCAGGAACUGCUGUUUCCAGGACAUCGCUAUGGGAUAACUGACAAUGCCAAAUUUUUAACACCACUCUACCUUCAGCUGCAAUCUAAUCCACACGAGAGAGUACCAACACUAAACAUUGCCUUCUUAAAUCAGCCUGACAAAUUAAAUGUUUUGUACUCUGAAGGACUCCUCUUGCCUUGUAGUGACAUUUGUACUUGCUACCGAGUUUGAAUGAAAUCUAUAUCCAGAAUGUUAAUGACAAUUCUUUAGUUUCCAGGGUCUGACCAGAGCAGAGAUUCUCUUACGAAGCUUUGUGUAUGUUGUGCCAUAUCCACCUUUACUCCCCAUGUGCUAAUCUGCUACUGUACAUAUGUGACAUUUGUUGUGGUUUUCAAAGUGUAUUUCUAAUCUAUUAAAUCACCACAGUGCAGUGUGUGAGGUUGAGUUUGGUUUUACAUAUAAGAAACUGAAUAUGUAUGUAUAUAAAUGUAAUUCCUAGACAUCCUUUAAUGAUAUAUUGAGACAUAUUUCUGGCAUUCUGCAGUGGAUAACUUUCCCCUUUUUAUGCUUUCAGUUCAAUUGCCAAAUAUGGCUUGUCUGCUGUAUUAGAAUUUUUUGUUCCCCCUCCCCCCCCCCCCAAGUCUUAUAGAUUGAAUGAUUGUAAUCAUAUUCUUGACAUACACAACGCGUCAUGUUCGCCUCAGUUUUCCUCCCAAAAGGUGUAACCUCAUUCAGUAAACUUGAAAAUCUUCGAAGGUGAUUAUGAACAUCUGGCUUCAUCUCUGUUAAAACCAGACAUUUCCACACCUGCAUAAAAAGAUACAUAACAAUUUUGUCUCAGUGUCUGACAUUAUAGAAAUUAAGUCUAUUUUAUAUUUAGGAUUACCAAAGUUAUUUCUGUUUGCUAAAUAUCAUAAUUAUGGAACUUCAAAAAAUUCUUCAGUCUUUAAAUUGAGAAGUUUGCACAGCUACUCAGUGUUUAGAUGGAAUUGCCUUUUAAACUUGAUGAUUUGGGUGAGAAUCUUUGACAUUUUUACAUUUUACAAGACAUUUUUACAUUUUUCAACUUUGCACACAACCUUUCUACUAAGAACUUUCCGGUGGGUACUCUGGUUAUCGAGUUUGUUUGGCCUUUUCUCAGAAAUGUAAUGAUGAUCUUUAUAGAGAAAAACCUAAAUUUUUGUCUAAUCGGACUACACAGUCUAAGGGCUUUGUCACCCUGUUCUUGCAUAUUCAAAUUUUUUUAUUUUUUUUUUUGAUAAUGGCUUCUUCCUUGAGGGCAGCCUUUCAACUCAUUUUUGGUACAAUUUUCUUUCAACCAGCAUCUUUUGUCAGAUCAUUUUUCUGCUUCUUUUCUGUUUGAUACACAUUUUCUUCAUCAAAGCUAAUUUAUCGAAGGGAAACGGAAAAUGUCUCCUUCCUGAGCAAGAUAGUGGUUGGAACAAUCCCUUGGUGUUUAUACUUGCAUAGGAUUUUUUUUAACCAUAUAAUGAGACCUUCAGGCAUCUGAAUAUUGUAUCCAAGGAUGAACCAAAUUUUGUGGAGCUCUGCAAUUUCAUCCUAAUGUUGUGGAUAAUUUCUUUAAAAAUGUAUAAGGUGUCACAAGGAGAGAACUUGCCUCUAUUUAAUCAAAAUGUUGUGCAUUGAUGUGUUAGAAGCUUACAAAGCUAUGACGUCAAGCUGGACCUUCUCAUUCAAAAGGUAAUAUGUGCAUAUCAAAGCUUCUGAAUUUAAAGAAAGUAAUACAUUAUUUAAUUAUUCUGCCAUUUAGGAGGCAGAAUGAUUAAUUAAAAUGACAAGAUUUUGACUAUAAUACCAGACACUGAGAGGAAAAAAUGGUAAGUCUUUUUGUACACUGUAUGUCUGGUUUCAACUAUCAGCAGCAAACUGUGUAGCCUCAAACUGGGAUGGUUUCAGACAAAAGUGAAACUGUGUGAUCUGUACUUAACUUUUCGCUGGUAAAUCAAUGUAAAAAUCAGCAUGUUGUAAACCAAGAAAGGCUUUCAGAGCUCUGCUCAGCUCAUCAUUCCAAUCAUUCUCAUCAGUUCUGAUUGCGCUCACAUUGCUGUUGCACCUCUAACACCAUGGCGAUGUAUUUGCUUGUGCUCUCGAGUCAGUUUGUUGCUUUGAUUUUUGUCCCAGUUUGGUUUGCUGGUUGUAAAACCAGGACAAGCCGAGGCUUCGAGGUGCAUUUCGUAGGACCGGCCGUCUGCAGCAGGAUCUGUAAUCACUGAAGACACGCAACAGCGAUCCGCCUUCUCCUUUCCGCUGCUGUUCGGGCGCUCAGACGAAGUGCUGCUGUUUGUUUCACAUACCUUCAUCUUGUAAUAUAACAAGAAAAUCAGAUGAUGGGAUUAAUGAACUUGAUUAAAUAUUUCUACUCUACUUUUAUACAUUAUUUUCUUAUCAAACCGGUUGAUGAGUAUUUUUAUAUGUUUAUAAGUAAAUACAUGUUCACAGCUCAGGCUGUGUCUAUAUGUAAAGAAGAAUAUCUAACUCCCUUGGUUAUUUUUAAUGUGAAAAUGAUUGCUGGCCCAAAUCUGAACAAUUGGAUGUUUCACCUAAAUGUAACCAAGGUUGGGUUUUUUUUGCAUUUUGGGUCACAAAAUAAGUAUAUAUUUAUCUUGAGGUGUUCACCACCAGUUCUGAUUGUGAAAUGUCAGGUUAAAUUUGGAGGUCAUAGAAAUGAUUGUUUAGAUCAUGCAACCUUCUGGCAUUAAGAUUUAAAUGCCCACAUCUCAUCUUGUCGCUACUCUUAAGUGUGCAUUUGCAUCAUUCUGUUUGAUUUCACUUUCACAUUGGUGUCUUUUGCCCUGUGUCUAGCUUCUGUUGCAAAAAUAAAAUCUGUUAUUGAGCCAGAAAA